UUGAAGUUAUAGGCGGACAGCGUCCAGAAGUUGGGUAUUAUUGUUAGCGUCAGUGUGUUGCAUAAACAAAACCAAAACCUCGCGUCUAACCAGGCUGCGUGACGCUUCUGUUGAAUGCAUUAACAUUAUUUAUCGUAACCUGGCAGGUUUAACACAGCCGCGGUGGAAAUCAUGCAUAACAAAAUAGCUUUUAGCUGACGUGCUACAGUUCUGUCGCUGUAACUAGCAUUAGCUAGCCCCUGUAGCGCUUAGCCGCCUGCGUUAGCAUGCAGUGAAUACAUCGAGCUGGCUUGAACCAAAAACCCACUAACUCUAAAGAGAAGUCAGAGAAGGAUGUCUGAUUCAGACAGCGACGAAGACCAGGAUCGGCCCUUUUCCCUCACUGGCUUCCUGUUCGGAAAUAUCAAUGAAGACGGCCAGUUGGAGGGAGACAGCGUUCUUGACAAUGAGUCCAAGAAGCAUCUGGCUGGUUUGGGGAAUUUGGGUCUGGGCUCUCUCAUCACCGAGCUCACGGCCAACGAGAACGAGGAUCGUGAGGAAAACAGGGAGUCUGUAAGCGUGGAUUCAGAGGGUUGGGUGAAGAGCACCGACGAUGCUGUGGACUACUCUGACAUCAGCGAGGUUGCAGAGGAUGAGACUAAAAAGUACCGCCAGGCGAUGGGGUCUUUGCAGCCCAGCAGGAAAACAGAUGAUGAGGACGAUUAUGAUGCCGACUGUGAGGAUAUUGACUCGAAGCUCAUGCCUCCUCCCCCACCGCCGACUCUUCCCACUCCACUUAAGAAAGAGGAAUCCCCCACCGGUACAAAUGCAGUUGGGGAAGAGGGCGAUGGCAUCAUCUUGCCCUCCAUUAUUGCACCGUCUUCCACGGCCGACAAGGUCGAUUUCAGCAGCUCUUCGGACUCUGAGUCAGAAACCGACCGACCCUGUCAGGGUUCAGGAGUUUUAGGGCCCCCAGACAGGCUCACCCUGCCUCUCGCUGGCAUCAUGCAGAAGGAUGCUGCCAAGGCAUUGCCGAGUGUCACCCAACUCUUUCCUGAGUUUAAGCCCGGCAAGGUCCUUAGGUUCUUGCGACUAUUCGGUCCUGGAAAGAACAUGCCUUCGGUUUGGAGAAGCGCCCGCCGGAAAAAGAAGCGCAAACACAGAGACCCUCAGCCUGGGACCCCUCCGCCGGAGGAGGACCUCGCAGAGCAAAGUCAGGAGAAGAAGUCUGGAUGGAUUUACGAGUACGCCCUGCCUCCACCUCCAGAGCAGUGUCUCUCUGAUGACGAGAUAACCAUGAUGGCUCCGGUAGAAUCAAAGUUCUCGCAGACAUCAGGAGACGCAGACAAAGAGACAGAGUCUCGACCCAAAGUAGCAGAAUGGAGAUAUGGUCCCGCCCAGCUCUGGUACGACAUGCUGGGAGUGCCCGAGGACGGAAGUAACUUCAACUACGGGUUCAGGCUCAAAGAAGAUCCUUCCAGUGAGACAGAGGAACAAGAUCUGCCUAAAGAAAUAACAGAACCUCCCCAAGAGGUCCAGAGGGACGACGACAACAUGGACACGGAUGGGGACGACGAUGACGGAGAUAAAGCAAGGCAGGCUCUGGAGAACGAGCUGUUCCUGAUGGUCACCCAGCUCCAGUGGGAGGAUGAUAUUAUUUGGAACGGAGAAGAUGUAAAGCACAAGGGUACCAAGACCCAGAGAGCCAGCUUGGCAGGGUGGCUCCCGUCCAGCAUGACGCGGAACGCCAACGCUUAUAACGCACAGCAGGGUCUGACCCGAAGCAAUUCCCAGCUGGUCCCGCCAACACCUCCGCCUAUCCCAAAGGCUUCCUCAAUCUCCGGCUCUAAGAGGGAAAAAAGCAGCCAUGACAAUCAGGCCUCUCUAGAAGAAGACUGUUCGUGGUUUUCCAUUUUUCCCAUCGACAACGAGGAGCUGGUGUACGGUCGCUGGGAGGACAGCAUUAUCUGGGACGACCAGGAGAUGGACCAGUUCCUCAUGCCGCCGGUUCUCACGCUGGAUCCUAACGACGAGAAUAUUAUUCUGGAAAUCCCCGAUGAAAAGGAGGAGACGACGUCUCAUUCGCCGUCAAAAGAGAACAAGAAGGAGACGGCGAUCAAGAAGAGUCGCAUUCUGCUGGGGAAGACCGGCGUGAUAAAAGAUGAGCCCCAGCAGAACAUGUCCCAGCCUGAAGUCAAAGAUCCCUGGAACCUCUCCAACGACGAGUUCUACUACCCCAAACAGCAGGGCCUGAGAGGAACCUUCGGUGGCAACAUCAUUCAGCACUCCAUUCCGGCGCUGGAGCUGAGACAGCCCUUCUUCCCCACUCACAUGGGUCCCAUGAAGCUUCGCCAGUUCCACCGACCGAGUCUGAAGAAGUACUCCUUCGGGGCUCUGGCGCAGCCGGGGCCACACGCCGUCCAGCCGCUGCUCAAGCACAUAAAGAAGAAAGCCAAGAUGCGAGAGCAAGAGCGGCAGGCGGCCGGCGGCGGAGACAUGUUCUUCAUGCGGACGCCUCAGGACUUGACCGGCAAAGACGGAGACCUGAUCCUGGCCGAGUACAGCGAGGAGUACGCGCCUCUCAUCAUGCAAGUCGGCAUGGCGACCAAGAUCAAGAACUACUACAAAAGGAAACCGGGAAAAGAUCCAGGAGCACCGGACUGUAAAUAUGGAGAGACGGUGUAUUGCCACACCUCUCCUUUCCUCGGUUCUCUGCACCCCGGUCAGCUUCUCCAGGCUUUCGAGAACAACCUCUUCCGCGCCCCCAUCUACCUGCACAAGAUGCCCGAGACGGAUUUCCUGGUCAUACGGACGCGGCACGGCUACUACGUCAGGGAGCUGGUGGACAUUUUCGUGGUCGGUCAGGAGUGUCCCCUGUUCGAGGUUCCCGGUCCCAACUCCAAACGGGCCAACACUCACAUCAGAGACUUCCUGCAGGUGUUCAUCUACCGCCUGUUCUGGAAGAGCAAGGACCGGCCUCGCAGAAUCCGCAUGGAGGACAUAAAGAAAGCUUUUCCCUCGCACUCGGAGAGCAGCAUCAGGAAGCGGCUCAAACUCUGUGCUGACUUCAAACGUACAGGGAUGGACUCCAACUGGUGGGUGCUGAAGCCUGACUUCAGGCUGCCUACGGAGGAGGAGAUCAGGGCCAUGGUGUCCCCAGAGCAAUGCUGCGCUUACUACAGCAUGCUGGUGGCAGAGCAGAGGCUCAAGGACGCCGGAUACGGCGAGAAGUCCUUCUUUGCUCCAGAAGAGGAGAACGAAGAGGACUUCCAGAUGAAGAUCGACGACGAGGUCCGGACCGCCCCCUGGAACACGACGAGGGCCUUCAUCUCCGCCAUGAAGGGCAAGUGUCUGCUGGAGGUGACGGGAGUGGCCGACCCCACCGGCUGCGGAGAAGGUUUCUCCUACGUCAAAGUCCCCAACAAGCCCACUCAGCAAAAGGAUGACAAAGAGCCGCAGCCCGCUAAGAAGACGGUGACGGGGACGGACGCCGACCUGAGGAGGCUCUCCCUGAAGAACGCCAAGCAGCUGCUACGCAAGUUUGGAGUCCCUGAGGAAGAGAUCAAGAAACUUUCCCGUUGGGAGGUAAUCGACGUCGUGAGGACCAUGUCCACGGAGCAGGCGCGCUCCGGCGAAGGUCCGAUGAGCAAGUUCGCCAGAGGCUCCCGGUUCUCUGUCGCCGAACACCAGGAGCGCUACAAGGAGGAGUGCCAGAGGAUCUUUGACCUGCAGAACAAGGUGUUGGAGUCCACGGAGGUGCUGUCCACAGACACCGACAGCAGUUCCGCCGAAGACAGCGACUUUGAGGAGAUGGGGAAGAACAUCGAGAACAUGCUGCAGAACAAGAAGACCAGCUCGCAGCUUUCCCGCGAGAGGGAGGAGCAGGAGCGGAAGGAGCUGCAGAGGAUGCUGAUGGGCGAGGAGAGCGACAACAAGGGACGCAAGGAUCGACGCAAAGGCUUGUCUAGCGCCUUGUCCACCAGCUCCCACAAAGACGACGACACGUCCUCCGUCACCAGUCUGAACUCGUCGGCCACGGGACGUCGGCUCAAGAUCUAUCGCACCUUCCGGGACGAGGACGGCAAAGAGUACGUGCGCUGCGAGACGGUCCGCAAGGCCGCCGUCAUCGACGCCUACACCCGGAUCAGAACCACCAAGGACGACGAGUUCAUACGAAAGUUUGCCCUCUUCGAUGAGCAGCACAGAGAAGAGAUGAGGAAGGAGCGCCGGCGCAUUCAGGAGCAGCUCAGGAGGCUGAAGAGAAACCAAGAGAAGGACAAGAUCAAAGGACCGCCAGAGAAGAAGUCCAAGAAGGUCAAGGAGAGACCAGACCUCAAGGUAAAACUGAAGUGCGGCGCCUGUGGAGCCAUCGGACACAUGAGGACCAACAAGUUCUGCCCGCUGUACUACCAAACCAACGCCCCGCCCUCCAACCCGGUCGCCAUGACGGAGGAGCAGGAGGAGGAGCUGGAAAAGACCGUGAUCCACAACGACAACGAGGAGCUCAUCAAGGUGGAGGGCACCAAGAUUGUGCUGGGCAAGCAGCUCAUUGAGAGCGCUGACGAGGUGCGGCGAAAGUCUCUGGUGCUCAAGUUUCCCAAGCAGCAGCUACCACCGAAGAAGAAACGACGCGUCGGCAGUGCGGCCCAUUGCGAUUAUCUCAAUAAGCCGCACAAGGCCAUCCACCGCAGACGCACCGACCCCAUGGUGACGCUGUCCUCGGUGCUGGAAGGAAUCAUCAACGACAUGCGGGAUCACCCCAACACGUACCCGUUCCACACACCGGUCAACGCCAAGGUCGUCAAGGACUACUACAAGAUAAUCAACCGGCCCAUGGACCUUCAGACGCUGAGGGAGAACGUGCGGAAGCGGAUGUACCCGUCCAGGGAGGAGUUCCGGGAGGCGGUGGAGGUCAUCGUCAAAAACAGCGCCACGUACAACGGCGCCAAACAUCCCAUCACACAGGUGGCACAGUCCAUGCUCGACCUGUGUGACGCUAAACUCAAAGAGAAGGAGGAUCGGCUGGUGAGGCUGGAGAAGGCAAUCAACCCGCUGCUGGACGACGACGAUCAGGUGGCCUUCUCCUUCAUCCUGGACAACAUCGUCACUCAGAAAAUGAUGGCGGUCCCUGACUCGUGGCCGUUUCACCAUCCUGUCAACAAGAAGUUUGUGCCGGAUUACUACAAGGUCAUCGUGAGUCCCAUGGAUCUGGAGAGUGUCCGGAAGAACAUCUCCAAGCAUAAAUACCAGAAUCGAGAAACGUUUCUUUCGGAUAUCAGCCUCAUCCACGCAAACAGUAUCAAAUACAACGGUUCAGACAGUCCUUACACCAAGACCGCCCUGGAGAUCGUUAACGUGUGCAAGGGGACCUUAGCAGAGUACGAUGAGCACUUGACGCAGCUGGAAAAGGACAUCUCCACGGCCAAGGAGGCAGCUCUGGAUGCGGCGGACUUGGAGAGCCUGGACCCGAUGACGCCCGGGCCUUACACGCCGCAGGUAAGAGCAUCCAUGGCCCAGUUAGGUCUGCCGGCAGAGCGGACGGCCGCCUCAUCGACGCGCGUUUCCUGGGAACGUAGAGUAGAUUCCUCGCCACGUCUUUCUGUACUCUUCCCGCCCCUCUGCUGCACCUUCACAGUCCGGUUUCUUCACCACAGUGUCUUCUCUUUCUUCCCUUCCAACGUGUUUCCAGUGCUUCACUCCUGCCUUCGUUUCCCUUUCUCUUUGUUUGUGUGUGCCACUGUGUGUGGUGCUGGCCAGCCUGCUGAUCUGUUUGACAGCGUGGCUUCAGGGAGUCUACCCCGAGAGCCCAGCAGCCUUUUCUCUGAGGGACCUCUAUUGGUUGCUCCAGAGAAGAGAGGGGGGCAGGGACGGCAUAUGCGGAGACCGGGGGAGGAGGACUCGGACGUGGACAUUGAGGGCUUUGAGGAGGAGGACGAUGGGAAACCCAAGACUCCCGCUCCCGCGGAGGAUGCCGACGGCGAUCUGGAGGACGAGGACGACGAGGAGAUGCUGCUGCCACCUCGCAGGCGGCCGCACGACCACGACGCGGAGGAGGAGGAGGACGACGACGAAGAGCGAGGGCACGGGAGAGCUAACCACCCGGCUCAGUCCAGCGUGCUGUACCAGGACCUGCUCAUGUCUGACGGCGAGGACGACGCCAGCGACGAGGAAGGGGACAACCCGUUCUCCGCCAUUCAGCUGUCAGAGAGCGGCAGCGACUCGGACAGGGAGGUGGACAUCCGACCCGCGCCUCCACGGCGGGCUCAGGACACGGCCCGCAUGGGCAUGGAGCAGGAGGAGAGCAUGAUGUCAUACGAGGGGGUUGGCCACGAACACAUGGAAGACAGCAACAUCAGCUAUGGCAGCUUCGAGGAGACGGAGAGCCGGAGUCGAAUGCAGUCGUCCAGCAUGGGGAACGGCGAAGAGUACGGCAUCAGCGAAGAGGAGGAGGAAGACGAGGAAGACGAAGCGCGGAGAAGAGGCCCAGCUGUCCUGUCCCAAGUCCAGCUCAGCGAGGACGAAGACAGUGAAGAGUUCAGGUCCAUCGGAGGAGACAGUGACAUGGACUCCGAUAAUUAAGCUAAUUUCCCUCCUCUUCCUGAGUGGGACUGUGUCCUUCGACAUUGUUGGAAUGCCAAUAUCAAGACAGAGAAAUUAAAUUUCUCCGGUAAAUACUGUAUGUACACAUUUUGUAAAUGAGGAUUAUUUGUUUGCUAUCGUGGAACCUUUAGAUCAAAGUGGCUCAUUAUAAAUUAAAGCUUGUUCCUUUGUAUGUAAACUGAAUAAUAUCCAUUAUGGUGGAUCUUAACAUGGAGGUGUUCGCUUGUUUUUUUGUUUUGUUUUUUACUGUUUCAUUUCACUUAUGUAUGCAGCGACUGCUAGAUGUUUCUACACUGCCAUCAAGGUAAAAUGUAAAAAAAACGACUAAAAAAUUAAAUAAAUGUCUCUAAAAACACA